GCUUUGGUGCUUACUUGUCAACGGUGCAGUUUCCACGUGUGUUUAGAGUGAUGCUAGUUAUCAAGAGCAAAAAAGAGCAGGGAAAAGAUGUUUCUGUGCAGGGGACCAAUGACAGCAGUGUGGUCAGUAAGGUGUCGGCAGCUGCACAAGGAUACUUCCAUGAUGAGUUCCUUAAGUAUUUUGUGUGCAAGGUGACAAGAAGAGCUCCACUGAUCAACAGAGGUUAUUAUGUCCGCUUGAAAGCAGUCGAUCACUGUCUGAAACAGUUUUUUCAUGCCACAGAUUCCUGCUUGAGGAGGCAGAUUCUGUCACUUGGGGCAGGGUUUGACUCGCUGUAUUUCCGGCUAUAUGCUGAAGGAGCCCUCGGAAGUGUCACAGUUUUUGAGGUUGACUUUCCUGAAGUUGCCCGCCGCAAGGCUGCCUUGAUCAGCAGCAAUCCUUGCCUGAUGGAGGCGUUGCCAGAUUGGGAGACUGUGUCAACUCAACAGCCUAAUGGUGUGUUCAUAAAAAGUGGUCAUUACAAUCUUCUGGGUGUGGAUGUCAGAAAGGAGCAGGAGGUGGAGGCGACUCUGAGCAGAGCUGGAUUGCAGUGGGACAUUCCCACACUCGUUCUUUCAGAGGUGGUGUUGACCUAUAUGGAAACACAGUGGUCAGAUGCUGUGAUUGGCUGGGCUGCCAGGCUUCUUCCACAGUCUGUGUUUGUGAUGUACGAGCAGAUCCACCCUCAUGAUCCUUUUGGCAGGGUCAUGCAAAACCACUUCCUGAAGCUCAACUCAACCAUACAUGCUCUUAAACAGUUUCCAGACAGUGUUGCUCAGACACAGAGAUUCAUACAAAAGGGUUGGGAGAAAUGUGUCUGUCUGGAUAUGAAUGAGUUUUACUUUGAUCUUCUUCCUGAGGAUGAGAGGCAGAGAGUCGAGGGACUGGAGCCUUUUGAUGAGUAUGAAGAAUGGCACCAGAAAUGUUCUCAUUACUUCAUCCUUACAGCCUCAAAAGGCCUCUUGACCAGUCAAGCCCUUCUCACGCUGCCUAAGGUGCCCUCGAUCCCUCACAUGACUCCUCAAUGGACCAGAAAUCCUUCCAUGUUCGUGCAGCGUGUGAGUGGUUCUGCGUGUGUGGAGGCUGUAGGUAUGGCUUCUGCCAUGCUGGGAUCUGGAAUCAUACUUCUCACUGGAGGCUGUGGGAGAGGAGGAAGAGACACAGCAGCCAGGGUCCUGAUCAAAGCGCAGGCUGGCUGGAAAUGUGCCAGUGUGGAGCCUUGGGGAGACAGAGUGGUGAGUGUUUAUCAGACACUUACUUCUGUCCCUGGCGGCGGAGCUGUCCUCUUCGGCGGCAGAACUUCUCCACUCAAUCCAAUGGGCAACAUUGUGUGGGUGACCUUUGACCUUGGUGAUCAGCCAUCCCAAAGCACAAUACAACUGUCAUUUAAAAACAUGGUUUGUACCGGCAGCGCUCCAAAACCCAGAUGGAGACACACGUCAACCUAUUUAAGUCAUAGGGACAAGACCUUUCUGUUUGUGUUUGGAGGACGUACUGAGAAGGAUGCAGUUCUAGGUGAUGCACAUUUCCUGUGUUUGGAAAACAAGCACUGGACAGAGAUUCCAGUAGAUGAUAUCGCUCCGGAAGCCCGUCAUUCACAUUCAGCAUGUUCCUUUGGUGGGGGGCUUGUAAUGUUUGGAGGUUUGGGUAAAUGUGCCAGACCUCUCGGUGAUGCUUUCUACCUGAGACCAACGUCAUCAGGUUUCUGCUGGGAGAGAAUGAAUUUGCAUCCACCUCCAGUGCCCAGAUAUUCUCACUCGGCCCAUGUCAUAAAUGGGAAGUUGGUUGUGGUUGGUGGAGUUUGGUUUCAGGCUGAUGGAGUACCUGGAGUUGCUGUAAUAAAUUUGAUCACUGGGGUCUGUGUGGAGGUUCAGCUGGAUACCUCAUCGGUGCCUUGGCCUCUUAUGCUGCAUUCUUUCUGCUCUGAGCUGCUGGAUACUGAGGGGGCCGAGUUGGUGGUCAUUGGUGGAGGUGGAAACUGUUUCUCAUUUGGAACUCACCUCAAUCUCCAACCAAUAACCAUUGAUCUAAGGCCGAUGCUUUGAUAUGCAUA